CUACUUCUUUGGCAAAUGUGAGUGGUUAAAGUGAAUGAAGAAGAGACGAAGAAGAAGAAUUAAAAAUGUCAUUCAAUAUUAAUUUUAAUUGUGGUCCCCCCCCGGUCGGCCAAUAUAAAAUUGGAGAAAAAGAAUCUAUACUGGAAUGUAUAAAUUCUCUGCCGAAGUGCGAUUUGCCUCUGCAGCAAAAGCCUGAAGUCGGUUGCCAGCAGACGGCCGAGAUUGCUGAUGAUAGCUUUGAUUGCUCCAAUCUCACAGCAGCACAGUUGGAGCAGUUGGCCCUACUGACGGCCGCAGCCAACCCUGGGCAAUCAAGCGUCAGUUUGAUGGUGAUGAUUCCCGCGGAAAGUUUGUUGGAAAUUGUUCAGGUACUGUCUGGCACCGCGGCCCAGAUAGUAUCCAUGUCGUCAACCGUUUUAAAGGGGAAUUCCAGCAAGGGAACAACUUCCGAGGUGCCAAUCUGGGUGGAUGCAGGAGUGGGCGUGCCGCCCAGUGUCGGAGAUAUGGAGAUGUACCAAUCGCCCGAAGACAAACCGAGUGUGGUGGUGCAGACACAAUCAUAUCUAUCCCAACAGAAAUCGACCACCGAUAAUCAGAGUUUUCGCAUCCUGGAACAUGUGAUAAUUCCAUCCCAGCAGCCGGGCAGCCUCUGCAAACAAGAGCAACAGCUGAUGGCGACUACCGCUGGAGGCAGUGCCCAGACUUCGGUGCAGUCACCCACGAUGUUGUCCCUACUCACAGCCAACAACGUAAAUCAUCAUCCUGCAGCAAUGUAUCGGUUUAAAAUGUCCUGUUAAAAUAUCCAGGCAAGUGGCAAAUUAUCGGCAUAUUCUCCAGAUAAAUUGUUACGCAGAAUGUCUCUACAUUUCGGCAUUCAUAAUACCUUGAAUCUUCAUCAGGUGACCUAAGCCCAUUGGAGAAUGUGUAUUGA